AUGACCUUCCCCAUAGCGACCCUCCUUCAUCCCGUCGUAUCACAAGCCCUGGCUGACGCCGAACAAAAAGCGAAACACGGUAUCCUGGAGACUCUACCCGGACACCGAAGCAUGGCCUUACGACCCGAAGAGAACACCAGCGGCCCUCUCGUAGCCUCUCCAACGUCUCCAAAACCGCGAGAUGAAGUCAGCUUUCCACUACCCCUACUUUCUUCACCCACCAGCCCACCUCAAAAUCCACACACACCCACUCACGUAGCCCUCACACCAGACUCCGAAUUCUGCAUCAUUGAAGCCGAACUCGCAAACUGUCAACUGACACGCGAAGCGCUCCAAAGACGCGAAUCCGCGCUCAAAGAACGCAAAGCAGAAAUCAUAAGAGAAACAAAGAUGAGGCUUGACAAGGAGGUGCGAGAUUUGACGGCACAGGAUCAAGAAGAGACCGAUCAAGGACUGUUCAUGCGCGAUGUGCAAAGGAGAGUAGAGGUUAAUCUGAAGAAGGCAGAUGAGAAAGAUGAAGCUUCAUCGGAGAAAUUAGACAAAGCAGAGCCAGUGGAGGACAAGAAAACGGUCCCCAUCAGUGCGCCAGAGCGGAGGAGACUUGCGCGUCUUGCACUGUUGAAGCAAGACCCUAGGUUAGGAAGAUGA